AACUAACAACCAGCGAAGACCAGCAUAGAACUAUCUGCCGCCAUCGGCAUGGGUUCAUCUAGCAGUAAAGGCGCACGUCGUCUCCCUCGAGAACUCUCAAAACAGGCCGAACAACGAGCAUCAGCACCGAGUUCAGCGGCGCAGGCUCCCAACAGGUUCGCCGAUGCGAGCAGGGCGACGACAGGGAACGUCGAGUACUCUGCAUCCCGUACUACUGGACCUGGGACUGAACAUGGUCGAGGGCGCCAGAAUGUGUAUGCGAGUGAAGAGAUGGACGAUUCCAUCAAGGAGGACGGCGGUGAUCCUGAUUUCCUGAAAAAUCUGUCGAGACUCGGGCAGGUGGCCGUUCCCAAGCCAGGAACACCGUUCGAGAAGCAAGCACCUGCCCUCCGUACCCUCAUGUCCCGAACAGCCACAUCAACCUCCUCAGCCGCUCCUCCGCAAAACCACCUCUCCGCAGCCUCCCUCUCUAACCUCCUGGAUCGACUGAAAUCUCUACCUGCCAACGAGAGCAGUACACCAUCCCAAGCCGAAUUGUCGCUCUAUAGGGACUAUGCUGUGGAUCCAGAGACGAUGAGCACGUUGAGAAGAUGGGUGAAUAGUCCGAGUAUCGACCCGGAGAAGACCAAGAUCAUCUUGUCGGAACAGGGAGAAGAGUCGGUAGAGAUGACGGCGGUCUGGGUCAGCUCUUCUGCUACGGAAGCGCAGAAGGUCAUCCCGCCCGGUCAGAAGACGAGUUGAGAACUGUAUACCGACAACCUUACGAAUCUAAAAGAUUGCAUUAUGACAUCCUGCUCCAAGA